AUGAGUAAGAGGUUUGUGAAUAGCCACAUAUUAUUUUCUUAUUUGCUUUUCUUUGGGAUCCACAAUUUGAUCUAUCAAUUCUUUUUUUCAUUUUCACAUCAUUGUGAUUACCCCAGGAUCUCAUUGCAACUAAACGAAGUGCCUAAAAUGCCACCCAAGUUCCAGAAAUCCCGGCAUUAUCUAGAAUGCACAGAAAGCAUCGAAGAAGAGGUUCUUGAAGAGUACACCAAAUUCCUAGAUUCGUUUCAAGUCGAAGAUGUUCUCCUCAAACAUGUCCCCAUACUUCUAAAGAAGCUUAAAGUACCACAAUGCUACACAAAUGAUAUUUCUGACUGUAUCCAAUGGUUUUACGAUACCCAGGAUGGAAGACUUUCUCGAAGUAGUGCUCAAUGGGUAGUCGUUACUCAGCUUUUACAACAUAUCACUAUGACCGUCACAAGCAAUGGAGAGCUUGAUGUUUCAGAUAUUGUUGAUGUAGAUAAGUUGGUAAGAUUUUGUGUCCGUCUUAUCAAGUUCCGGAACUCGCACUCGUUCAUCUUGGAUUCCUGGUCACUAUUCACGGAAGCUGCGGGAUACACUAAUUCUGACAUUAGUAAGCUACGGUUAUCAUUGCAGGACUUGAAAAUGAUAAAAAGUAAACUCCAAUUGGACGAUCUCAGUGACUCCAUUCUUAUAGAUAUGCUUGGAUGCAGUGGAAGCACAGUUGACGGAGACUUGUAUAAUUAUAGGAUUUCAAAGGUGGAUCUCCUGGUGGGAAUUAAAGAUUUCGGUGAGGUGUUAGGCCAACUCGGAGAAUUAGACUAA